CAAAGUGUUUGAAAGAUUUAAAUCUUUAUAAAAUUGAAUAAAUUAUAACAAAUACGAUGGAGGAUGAAUGAUAAAUUCAUUUUCUUUGAAAGUUUUUGUUUUCUUCGGACUUUUUCUGUAAUCUUGUUCUGAUGAUGCAAAGAAAAAAGAAAGAAACUUCGUUUUAAUCAUUUUUAAUCUACAAUGGAGCGUGAAAAAAAACAAAUGAAAAGAGCUGCUAAUAAAGUGAAGCCGUUACAUGUAUCUGAUUUCAUUGCAUUGGGGUCAAAAUCAUCUCGUCCACAAAAUGAAUCAAAUGAGCAAAAAAUAAAAACCAAAGCAUCUUUGAUGCCUGGAAGUUCUGUAGAGCGGAAAACCGAUUCAUCUGCACCAAGCUCUGCAAUACCUCCAAAAAAACCCAAAAUUGCGUCAUCUGGUUCAACUUCUCAUGUCAAGCGCAUAGGCUCUAUUGGUAAAAAAGAUAGUGUGAAAAGUGAUGAAUGGGACAGUGUAGCAGUUGAGGUUGAGAAUACAGAUCUAGUAAACAAAGUUUUAGAAGCAGAAGAUUUAGGCGAUGAUGAAAAAGUUGAAGCAUUACUUUGUGGUGCCGUGAAGAAAUUGAAAUCUUGCCGUUCAAAGUUUGAUGCACUUUUAUAUUUAAGUCUUCAAUAUUUGGCUAAAACUAGACCAUUUUUGUUUUGCUCUGAGCUCAUUGCGGAAGCAUUUUGUACUUUAUUAAAACGUGACUUGAAUGUUAAUUUUAAGACAAAAGGAAACAAUAUGGUUUCUAUUUUGUCUGCUAAUAUUCUUAUGGCAGCAUAUAAAGAAGAAAGUAGUUGGCCUGAAGUGUUUGUUAAAGCUUACAUUGAAGACUCACUGGGAGAACGAGUUUGGGUUGACCAUGAUUAUUGCAAGGGCUUUGUUGAAAAUAUUUUAACUGCUUUUAGUACCAAGACUAUUCCCAAAAAUAUGCUGAUUCCUGAACGUUUAUUUAAACCAGAAGCCUGUCCAAGCCCCCCUAACCUUGGAACAGAUGAUGACGAAUCAUGUUCUAGUAUUAAUAUUGAAGUUCAGGAAAACAUCGAUUCAGUUGCUGUAUUUUCUAGGUAUGUUUACAGUGAAGAAAGCUUAACUCAACAUGUUCUUGAUGUUAUUAGAGAGCAAAUGACUAGGCGUCAACCAACAGAGAUAUCUCGUAACACUUUAAGGUUUCUUGCUUCUACUUGUGGCAUAAGUGAAGUGAGGUUAAUAGUGUCACAAAAACUAGAAAUGUGGUUACAAAAUCCGAAGCUCACCAAACCAGCUCAAGAUCUUUUGUUAGCACUUUGUUUAAAUUGCAAUGUACAUAACCAAAACGAUGUUGAAGUUAUUAGCCAAUUGGUAAAAAUAAGAAUAAAGGCAAAACCAAUAAUAAAUCAUUUUCUCUCCUGCGUGAAAGAGUUAAUGAAUCAGCAUCAUGAAAAUUUAAGUACUCUACUAAAACAUGCCAUUUAUAAUGAACUUUCAAAUUCUAGAAAUCCUAACAACAUGCAGUUAAUUUCAAUAAUUUUCCAACACUCCCCGGAUAGAGCUGCUAAUGUAUUGGCAGAAGUAUUUUUAGACCUUUUAUGCAACAGAGAAGAUUACCUCAGAGCAUUACGUGCUCUUUUAAGGGAAAUAGUUCGAACCAUCAGACAUGAAUUAAACUUUUCAGUCUUUUGUGUUGGACUUCUGCAGGAAAGAAAAGAUGCUGCUUUCUUAGAGUUGGAGAUGCCAUUAAAAGAAAGAAUAUUUUUAUCAAUAACAGACUUGAUAGUUUUGGCAAUAUUUUUGGGAGUCAGCCCUGCUGUUAAAGAACAAUUUUCCGCCUGCUCUAGAGGUGAAAAAAAAGAUUUUACUCAAUUACGGCAUUAUCAAUUACAAGUAUCUAACAUACAGCGAGAUGCAGUUUUGUGGCUUAGAUCCCUAGUUCCAAAAAUUUUUAAACCAGGAAGAAAUGAAUUUAUUCAUAGCAUGCAUAAACUUUUGUUUAUGGAACAAAUAGAACAUUAUUACAAUAAAGAUAAUUGGCCUACAGAAAGUGAGAGAAUGGUGCUUCUUCGUUUAGCAUCGGAAGUUCCUUUACUAGAGGAAACACUAAUGCAUGUCUUGAUUAUUGGGCAUUCACGUGAUCAUCCUCUUACAGCAUCUGAUGCUUUAGAGUUAGCCAAUCAGCUGAUAAAAAGAGCAGCUAUGACUUAUUGUGAAGGUUUCCCUGUGCUGGAAUUUGAAAAUACAGAGCUUUGUGAUAUUAUUUUUAAUUUAUGUGCUUAUCAUCAUCCUGAAAACAUAACAUUACCUCAAGGAUAUCACCCUCCUAAGUUAGCAAUAUUUGAGCUGUAUUGGAAAGCAUGGACAAUGUUAGUAAUUAUAAUUUGUCACAAUCCCAGUACAUUUGGUGAUAUGGCUUGGAAAACCUACCCUACACUAAGAAAUCUAAUGGAAAUGUGCAUCACCAACCAGUUUGUGUUCCCACCACCAACUUUGGCACUUGGUGAGAAAGCAGAUGAAAUUAGAAAUCGAGAACUGCAUUUGACUCAAAUGGACAUAGAUCAGAUAUUGCUGUUUGAAAGUCACCUUGCUGCUGCAUCUACUAAGGUAACUAUUACAGAAGCAAAUAGUCUACUUCUUUCUAAGCUUAUAUCUAUGGAUCCACAUGGUCCGGCUAGAAAACCGCCUGCUGUUUUACUAGAUCAACUUAAAUCGAUGAACUUAAAACUAAAGUUAGGAGAUUUGUUGUGUCGAAGUCGCAAUCCAGAUUUUCUAUUAGAUGUAAUACAAAGGCAAGGUACUACCCAGUCAAUGUCAUGGUUAAGUGAAUUAGUUGAAUCAAGUGCAAGUUCUUUUAAUAUGUUGCCUGUGCAAUGUUUGUGUGAAUUUCUGAUUAGUGAUUGCACAGCCGUGACUGACACAAAUGAUGAAGGUGAGAAAAGUUUUCUGAAAAGAAAACAAAAGCAGGAGCAACUUUUGUUUCAUUUACAAAAGUUAAUACAUGAACCAGAUAGUGAGCCCCAUGACACGAUAGAAGUCAUUAGUUACUUUAUGAAAAGAUUAAGCUCACAGCAGACAAGUGCUCGUUCUUUAUCCUUAAAAGGAUUAAAUAUGCUUUUAUCUCGUCCAAACAGAUCUCCUGCUUCAGAUGAUGAAGAUAUGUUACAAAAACAUGAACCAAAUGAAUAUAGCUUUCUUGUAAAAUACAUGCCUACAUUGCCGCAUUUUGAACUAAUUAGAUCACAAAUCAGUUUGUUUUUGCGUCAAGCAUGUCAAAUAGAAAAUGAUCCAUUAACAAUAGCUUCUUAUAUUUUGUUUUUGUCCAUACAUACACCUGAUCAUAGUCUCCAAGAAUUUGCUGAUUUGGCUCUUGAUAUGGCUCAAAUGAUUGUAGAAAGGCCUACCAUUAUAAAUACAAUUUUGCCUGUUGAAAGUGCUUCGAGUGAAUACAGUAAUAAUUUUCUGUCAUCAGUUUCAGAAAUUUUUUAUAAAUAUUUAAGUGCUGCAAAAAUUCCUUCUAAAGAAGUGUAUUCUUGGUCAGAAUCACAAGAUCAAAUUUUAAUUCAAUGGGCAUCCGGUGAAUCAGCCACAAUGCAUAUUUUAGUGGUUCAUGCAAUGAUAAUAGUUUUAACUUAUGGUCCUCCUCCUUCUAAUGGUAGAUCUUAUUUUGAUGCUUUAUUAGAAACAUGGUUUCCAUCAAAUUCAGAACAGCCAAAAGCAUUUCUUGUUGACACAUCUGAAGAAGCUCUUCUUCUUCCAGAUUGGCUAAAAUUGCGCAUGAUUAGGUCAUCUGUCGGGGUAUUAGUUGAUGCAGCUUUAAAAGAUUUGGAUCCAUCACAAUUAGUGUUAUUUAUUCAAUCUUUUGGAAUACCUGUUUCAAGCAUGAGUAAGUUACUAAAAACAUUAGAUUUGGCUGUAGAGUACGAUAGUUUUUCUGUAGAGCAAGCAGUUCUGGAUAAGACUUACAUGUCUCAGCUAGUUGAAGUUCAACAUAGGAGGGGAGCUUCUGGGGGUCAUAGCUUUGCAAAACUUUUGUUGGAUCCUGAUACUGCAGAAAUGAAUGUAGAUUCUGAUAACAUUCCCAAUCAAACACCUGUUAUACAGCGUGCACCUCCUAAGCUUCCAACAGCAAUAAGCCUUCAAUCGAUAUCAAUAUCUCUAGUUAAUCUUCUAGGAUUUAAUAUUAGUUGUGGUGUUUUGAGUGCUAAACAGGAACAAGAUCUUUUUAAAGGCCUUCAAAAAGCACUAUCUAAGGAUAUUUUAAAUAAAACAUCUGAAAAUAAUGCAGUUAGUAUUUUUAUUGGGACUUGUGAAAAGAUUUUAAGAACUGACUCAAAAAUGGCCUUUUUACAGGCUUUGCAUAAAAAAUCUUAUUACUCUUCUGUUUUAUUUAGGCUUGCUACUGCAUCUCAGGUUAAUGCCGAUAUUAAUAAAAGUGAGUUGGCACAGAAACUUAAGUGGAUUUGUCAACAAAUAAUAUAUGCUCUAUCCACAACUAAAUCUUCUCUGCUUACAGUUGCAACUCAGUUUUAUAAUAAACACAAACCGCCUGAGACAAAAAAACCUGCACCUUGGAAAGUUUUUAUGCAAAAGUAUAAUUUAGAAACGCUUGACAGUGAUACCAUUGCAAAGAUAGUUCAAAUAACUGAAACUGAUGAUUCUUUACGUCUGGAAGAGGUAAUGCAGUUCUUAGUAAAGCAUGCUAUUACUAAAAUUGAUACAAGAUCUCUCAUGAAUGCCAUGACUAGCAUAACUUUAAAACGCUUAACAGACAAUAUCAAUCCAGGCAUAAAAGUUUUUAACCGCUCCAAAUUUUGCUUCUUUGUCGAUUGGCUUGAAUGUUUAGAGCCAAAAAUUAUUAAUUCAUUUCCUCAGUCUCAGUGUCACUUAUUAUUUUCACUGAUUACAUUACAACAAGAACCAAUUACGGUGCCUUUUAGACCAUAUCUGCUCGCAUUAUUAAUUCAUCAAUCAAGCUGGAAAAUUUUGCAUUAUUACAUAGAAACUGUAUUGAAUUCUAGAAUUAAAGAAGUAAAAUUUGACCCUACAUCUGUGCUUGAUUUUUUGCAUGCAUGUAUCUAUAUACCAAAAAUAUGGCAAGGACGCUACAAGAAAAAGAAUAAGCGAGGAAAUGAGGAGGAUAUUCUUGCAUUGACAGACCAUCAGAUAAAUUCCGUUGUGGACUAUAUUUUGGAGGAAGCCUUUAUGAGUUUGGAUAGUCAUCAUGACCAGACUAAUUUGUCUUCCGGCUAUGUCUUCAUUGAACAAAGAUUAAAACUAUUCAUGAAAUGUCUUGCUCAUCGCAGGUCCUUAAUUAAUACAUUUCUCCAACAUUUGCUAGAAAUUAUUAAAAAUGAUAAACAGAAGGGCAAGUUAGCUCAAGAGUUAUUAUUUCAAGCAUAUCACCAAAUUCCAUCUAUUCUUACUUUUAUUUCUGAUUCAACUUUCUUAUCCGACUGUUCAUCCGUACUUAGAAGUGGACAUUGUAAAUUAGAUACCAUUUCCCAUACAUUAUUGAUAUCUCUUGCAAGGACAGAAUCUACAAAAAUGGCAAAAAAAGGAGUAGGGAAAAUGACCCGUCUUGAAUUUGUCUGCAGGAAAAUGGCGAGUACUCACCCUGUAUUACUUUUGAGACAGUUACCAAUGAUGACUACAUUGUUAAGAGGAAGAGUUCAUUUAGACUACCAUCUAUUUAGACAGCAAAACCAUAUUGCAUUGUUUGGGUGCUUUCUUAGCAUUUUAGAACUUCUGCCUCCUUAUUUAUUUAAAAAUGAAUAUUGUAGUGAUCUGAAUAACAUUUUGUCCUUGUAUAUGGAUGUUUUUCAAACUUACGGUUCUCCAAAAGAAAUUGUGCACUUGUUAAAUAGAUUUUUUGCUUUUUUCUUACAAUAUCUUGCUGCAAAGCCAAGUCAGGCACGUCAUUUCAUCCAUCAAUAUCUUGAAGUAUUACAGGAUUUAGCCUCUCAGCAUCAAGAUUUAGUGAGCCUACGCUCUAUACUUACUGGUACGUGCAUGCAUUUUUGGAAUGUGCCUGAUACAUCGAGUUCUAAAGAUAAAGCUGAAACAUCACUGCAUGAUGUUGUAGCAGGGUUACAGUUUCAGGCUCAAGCUGCAGCCCAAUCUCAUAUUCCUUCUGUUGCUAGCAGACUUUCUCAAGGAAGCUCUGAGGACAUUUUAACUGCUCUGCAAGAGCUGGAAAGCAUAUCUUAUAAAAAGCCUAUAGUGUUAGAACAUGUAUUGGACCAUUUGAAAGGUUUCAUGCAAGACAGCAACCCUCAGUUUCGAUACAGUGCUUUCAAUCUUGUCAUGCAUUAUAUCAAGAAUAACCCUAACAAAGGUAUUUUGUUUAUAUCUAGUUUUCUUCAAUGCUUAGAAAGUGAGCAAGUGGAUAUUGUUGAAAGUGCUGUGGGCCAUCUUCCGGAAUUUGCAGUGUUGGUUCAGGAGUAUGCUACUGUUUUACUUCAAAAAGCCUUUAGUGUUGGUAUGAUGAAAAAUAUCAAUACAGUUGAUAAAAUUAGGGACACUAUUGCAUAUUUGACUGCUCAGAGUGGUUGCUAAAAAUACUUUAAAAAGAUGUUUUAUUCUGCUAUAUCUGGUAUAAUUGUAAAAUAAGUUAGAAAACUUUGCUAAUAAUUUGUUACGAUUUUACAGUUGUUGAAAAUGUAUAUUAUAAAAGCCUAAUUGCUCUUUUAUGUAUAAUAA